GAAUUUUGUUUACAUUCGUUACAAUGGGGACCAUCUCUGAGUUGAAAAAGUCUGUGAGGGAAACACUUGAGUCCCGAGGGGUUCUGACUCAGCUAAAGGCUCGAAUCAGAGCGGAGGUGUUCAGCGCCCUAGAUGAGCAGCGAGACGCACCUCCAUCUCUGUCCCAUGAAAACCUGCUCAUAAACGAGCUCAUCCGGGAGUACCUGCUUUUUAACAAAUACAGAAACACAGCAUCAGUGCUUACAGCAGAAUCGGGCCAACCUGAAACUCCCUUAGACAGGCAGUUUCUGGCCACUGAGCUGAGAGUCUCAGAGGAUGCAAGCUCCAAGUCUGUACCUCUGCUCUAUGGACUGGUUUCCCACUUCCUGAGCAGCAGUGAUGACAGAGGGAACGUUUUGCUGCGAGGUGCUGCUAUGAGUGUCUCAGCUCCUGGAAAUGAUUCAUGAAACAUUUCAACACGCAGAACCUGAUGACCUGUAGUGCUCAUGGACUAAAAAGGAGGCUUUGGCUCUCUAAGGAACUCUGCACUACUUCACUGAACAUAAACAGCCUCUUUUUUCACUUUGUAUUUUAGGAUUGUAGAAUGAAAUUUCCAAACCCAGGAAAAGUAAAUGUUUUCGUACAGCAUUUGUAAAUUGUAAAAAUGCAUUUUUUUUUCUAAAGAUUUAUUUAGCAUAUAAACUUCAGAUCAAUAAAAGUUGUGUUUGAUU